CGUCGUGGAUGCAACGAUGGCUAGUGCUGCAAAACAAGCGCCCAAAAUUGUCUCCAAAGCAUCGGCGGGAGGCGCCGGGGCGGCGGGGGCUGGCGGUGGGCCCCCGAUCAUGCCCCUCGCCUCUCCGCUUAUGGGUAAAAAGAAGAAGCCGUUCCUGGGGAUGCCCGCUCCGCUGGGAUAUGUCCCCGGUCUCGGCAGAGGUGCUACUGGUUUCACCACCCGAUCCGAUAUCGGUCCUGCUCGUGAUGCCAAUGAUCCAGUUGAUGACCGACAUGCACCCCCAGGGAAGAGGACAGUUGGGGACCAAAUGAAAAAGAACCAGGAUGAUGAUGAUGAAGAUUUGAAUGACACCAACUAUGAUGAGUUUAAUGGAUAUGCAGGUAGCUUGUUCUCCAGUGGACCAUAUGAGAAAGAUGAUGAAGAAGCAGACGCUAUAUAUGCAGCACUGGACAAGAGGAUGGAUGAAAGACGCAAAGAAAGAAGGGAGCUGAGAGAAAAGGAAGAAAUUGAGAAAUACCGUAUGGAGCGACCCAAAAUCCAGCAGCAGUUCUCAGAUCUAAAGAGGAAAUUGGCAGAGGUGUCAGAGGAGGAGUGGCUGAGCAUCCCAGAGGUGGGAGAUGCCAGGAAUAAGCGCCAGAGGAACCCUCGCUAUGAGAAACUCACCCCUGUCCCCGACAGCUUCUUCUCCAAACAUCUGCAGACUGGAGAGAACCACACCAGUGUCGACCCUCUGCAGGGGCUGGGAGGUCUGAACACCCCUUACCCAGGAGGCAUGACCCCUGGCUUGAUGACACCGGGGACAGGAGAGCUGGACAUGAGGAAAAUUGGUCAGGCCAGGAACACACUCAUGGAUAUGAGGCUCAGUCAGGUAUCUGACUCAGUGAGUGGACAGACAGUGGUGGAUCCUAAGGGUUACCUGACAGAUCUCAACUCCAUGAUCCCCACGCAUGGAGGAGAUAUCAGUGACAUCAAAAAGGCUCGCCUGCUGCUGAAAUCAGUGAGGGAGACCAAUCCCCAUCACCCACCUGCCUGGAUUGCCUCUGCCAGGCUCGAGGAGGUCACGGGCAAACUUCAGGUGGCCAGGAACCUCAUCAUGAAAGGCACUGAGAUGUGUCCCAAGAGUGAGGAUGUGUGGCUAGAGGCAGCCAGGCUCCAGCCCGGUGACACAGCUAAGGCUGUGGUAGCCCAGGCUGUCCGCCACCUGCCACAAUCUGUCCGCAUCUACAUCAGAGCUGCAGAGCUGGAGACAGAUGUCAGGGCCAAGAAACGAGUCCUCAGGAAGGCCCUGGAGAACGUGUCCAAGUCAGUUCGACUGUGGAAGACAGCCGUGGAGCUGGAGGAGCCAGAGGAUGCCAGGAUCAUGCUUAGCAGAGCUGUGGAGUGUUGCCCCACUAGUGUGGAGCUGUGGCUGGCACUGGCAAGGUUAGAGACGUACGAGAACGCCCGUCGCGUCUUGAACAAAGCCCGAGAGAACAUCCCCACCGAUCGCCACAUUUGGAUCACCGCAGCCAAGUUGGAAGAGGCCAAUGGCAACACUCAGAUGGUGGAAAAGAUCAUAGACAGAGCAAUCACUUCAUUACGCGCAAAUGGUGUGGAGAUCAACAGAGAGCAGUGGAUACAGGAUGCAGAGGAGUGUGACAAAGCAGGCAGUGUGGCUACCUGCCAGGCUGUGAUAAGGGCAGUCAUAGGGAUUGGCAUUGAGGAGGAGGACCGCAAACACACCUGGAUGGAGGAUGCAGACAGUUGUGUAUCCCACGGAGCGCUCGAGUGUGCCAGGGCCAUCUACGCUCAUGCUCUGCAGGUGUUUCCUAGUAAAAAAAGUGUCUGGCUUAGAGCUGCCUACUUUGAAAAAAACCACGGCACCAGGGAGUCUUUGGAGGCCCUGCUUCAGAGGGCUGUGGCUCACUGUCCCAAGGCAGAAGUCCUGUGGUUGAUGGGGGCCAAGUCCAAAUGGUUGGCCGAGGAUGUGCCUGCAGCCAGAAGUAUCCUUGCUUUAGCCUUCCAGGCUAACCCUAACAGUGAGGAGAUCUGGCUAGCUGCCGUCAAGCUGGAGUCUGAGAAUAAUGAGUAUGAAAGAGCCCGUCGACUGCUGGCCAAGGCCCGCAGCAGUGCCCCCACUGCAAGGGUGUUUAUGAAGUCAGUGAAGUUGGAGUGGGUGUUGGGGAACAUAGAGGCUGCCCAGGAGUUGUGCACUGAGGCCCUGAAACACUAUGAGGACUUCCCUAAACUUUGGAUGAUGAGAGGCCAAAUCGAGGAGCAGUGUGAAAACAUGGAUAAAGCCAGAGAGGCUUACAACCAAGGGUUGAAAAAAUGUCCUCACUCGGUGGCCCUGUGGUUGCUGCUGUCUCGUCUUGAAGAAAGAGUGGGACAGCUGACCAGAGCCAGAGCAAUCCUGGAGAAGGCACGACUCAAGAACCCCCAAAGUCCUGAGCUAUGGUUGGAGUCAGUCAGACUGGAGUUCCGGGCAGGACUGAAGAAUAUUUCCAACACACUGAUGGCCAAAGCCCUGCAGGAGUGCCCCAAUUCAGGUAUCCUGUGGGCAGAGGCCGUGUUUUUGGAGGCCAGGCCGCAGAGGAAGACUAAGAGUGUGGAUGCUUUAAAGAAAUGUGAACAUGAUCCCCAUGUCCUACUCGCUGUAGCCAAGUUGUUCUGGAGUGAGCGCAAGAUCACCAAAGCCAGAGAGUGGUUUCUCCGAACAGUAAAGAUCGAGCCAGACCUGGGAGAUGCGUGGGCUCUCUUCUAUAAGUUUGAGCUGCAGCAUGGCACAGAGGAACAACAGGAAGAGGUACGAAAGCGCUGUGAGAAUGCAGAGCCUCGCCAUGGAGAGCUGUGGUGCGCCGAGUCAAAACACGUCCUGAACUGGCAGAAGAAGACAGGAGAGAUCUUAGCGCAGGUAGCCAGCAAGAUCAAGAACACUUUCUGAAACUGAGGAAAUGUGGACUCAAAACACCUAGAGUACUCUGGCAGUCUGCGGUGUUUACAGGGAGCAACUAUGGACACACUCAGUUUGUUUUGUACCAGGACUCUUUCCUAUGUCUUUUCCAUGUUGACAAGUUUUACAAAAUUGAAUUACAGUGGCUGUAAUUAAGAUGGUUCUGACACUAAUUAACAAAGAGGCUUUAAUGUCAAAGUGAAAACAAGUCUGUACAAAUUUGAAAUAACAUAAUACAUAAUCUUUGCUUACCCUUUUCAGUUGAAAUCGUUGUGACACUGCAGCCUUCAGUUUUGGUAGCUUUGCACCUGUGCAACUGCUCAAACUCUGUUAGGUUACAUGGGGACAGUCGAUGAAGUGCAGUUGGCAAGUUCUCAGAUGGGUUUAGUUCUGGUCUGACUUUGCCACUGCAGGAUAUUGAUUUAGUUAUUUUUAAGCCAUAGCUGUCAUACCUUUUAGCUUUAUUUUUGAGGUCUUAGUCUUGCUGGAAAGUAAAUAGAUGUGUCAAUUUGCACUUCUCUUUCAGACUGGAGCAGGUUUUCUUUGUAUUUUUCUUUCUGCAAUCAUUCUACCUUCAUAAGUAUUCGAGGUCCUGCUGCAGUGAAGCAUCUCUUACAGUAUCAUGUUUUGAAUGCCAUGCUUCAUGGUGGAGAUGAUGUACUUCUAGUCACUGGCUGCGCUUCAGUUGGCUGUUGCAGUGUGCCUGGAAAACCCUCUAAAUAUAGUUAUGACUGCAUGUGACAUAUAUAUGACUGUAUGUUCUCCUGUGUAUAUAGUUUUUUAUUUUGUAAAUCUAAAGAAGGGCAAAAUUGUCAGCCAUUGUUUGUCAUCCUCUGGAACUGUGAUUGUAGACAAACUUUAAUCUCAUCUUUUGGCAGCUUUUAAGUGCAUAGUGCAGUACCUUUUGUUAUGUGCUGAUGACACACAGGUGACCUCCAUGCACCUUAUUGUGUGAAUUCUAGUCAUUAUUGGCCACAGCAGUAAUAAUUUAGAUGUGUUACAGUGAACAGGGUUUAACAUUAAUAGACAGUUUUGAUUCAUAUUUGUUUUUGCUUUGACAUUAAUAUACCAGUUAAUAGUGUUGACAUUCUGGUUUCAGUCAUUGUGGAUGUGAAAAUUGUAAAACAAUUGAACAAUUAGAAAUUAAAAUUGAUACUUAAAAUGGGCACUAAAACACACAGGGUUGAUUCCACCUUCUUUAAUGGAAGGAACCCUUUUAGCUAUCAGCUGAAAUGUUUUUAUUGUCCAAAAUUGUGUUUGUUUUCAUGUCUUGUUUCCACAUGGAUUAUAAGAAGUCUUUAUUUGGUUAUGUUUGCUCAGCAAGAUGUGACAGUGUGUAUAAACUCUUUGUCCAUUACCGUCACGUAAUUUAUCAUGCUGUAGUGAUGAACUGCCUUUUUGUAGCUUUCUCGAAAAUGUGUUUAAAAAUACUUUGCAGGCAUCCAAUAAACAGUUAACAAGUG